CUAUGCUGUUGUUUCCUGCCCUUUCCUUUCUGGCAGUUGCUGGAAUUAUCUCUUUAUUUUGACUAAUAUGCAGGUGGGAAAUCUCUUUGGUGCUCAGCGUUCCACAAUUAUAACUCUCUACAAUGGAGCCUUUGACUCUUCUUCUGUCAUACUUCUGAUAGUUAAGGUUCUGUAUCAAAAUGGAAUUUCACUGAGAACUUUGUUCCUAUUCCUUACAUGCUGCAGUGGUAUUCAUAUUCUGAGAACUUUUUUUCUAUUGCCAAAAGGUCACAUUCCUUACCCUGUGCCUGUGGGGUACAACUAUGGG